CCCUCCCACAGUGCGGCCGGUCAUUCUAAUACGUCGGUUAAUACAUGGAUAUGCAGUACGAAGGAUAAACUGUAACAAAGGGUCCGCGCGAUAUAUAAACUCACCGGAGGAUCAUCUUCUCAGUUCGCCUCGUGUCUUCGGUCCUACAGCAAUAUGAAUUGCCACCAGUUAGCCAAGCUGGUCUUGGUGCUGUCGUGCAUCGGCAGCGACGUCCUGGCGGGCCUCCUGCCGGGGGGUGGCGCAGGUGCCGGAGGGUAUCAGUACAACCGACCGGGCGGCGGCGGUGGUUUCGGUGGAGGAUACGCCGGUGACGCCGGAGGUUUCGGGGGUGGCGGCCGCGGCGGUGACUUCGGCAUCGGCAGCUACAGAGGCAGACCCAGCCAGGCUUACGGUCCACCCGGGAGCGGUGGUGACUCUUUCGGCAGGCCGGGUGCAGCUGGAUUCGGAGGAGGACCGUCGUACAGACAUCCGCAGUUCGGCGAGGGUGGCAGCGGUGGGUACCAAGACGGUGGUGCCGGCGGAUACCAAGGAGGACAUGGAUAUGGCGGACGCGACGGCGGAAGGCCGCAGCCGUACAGCUUCCAAUACGAGGUCGUCGAUCCACCAAGUGGCAACGAUUACUCUCAGCACGAGAGCAGCGACGGUAACGUCGUUCAAGGAGAGUACCGAGUUCUGUUGCCGGACUCGAGGACGCAAAUCGUUCGGUACAUGGCGGACGAUGUGAAUGGAUACAACGCGGAGGUUCAGUACGAAGGACAGGCUCAGUAUUCUCGUGGUGGAGGAUACCCAGGAGGAGGAUACCCAGGAGGUGGAUACCAGGGAGGUGGAUUCCAAGGAGGCAGAGGUGGCGGCUUCGGCGGACCCGGAGGUUUUGGAGGCGGCUUCGGUGGCGACGGUGCUAGCAAUCAAUAUUUGCCACCGCACAAUAAUUAUCACAAAUAACCGCUCGUCACGGGCUACCUUACCAAAAUACGACAUGUACCGCGUGCAUUUACGGCGACAACCAUCACGGACCUCCCUCGGCUUUUCCUCUGAAUACGGUAAUCCCUCGCUCACACACGAGACACGAACCCUCUCCCAAUCACCUAUGCGCCCGCGAAUCACUGUAUCACCUAUAUUUAACGAUCACACAAGGACUAAUUAGGAUAAUUUCAUAUGCAUGCAUGAGUGUAUGUAUUUAUAUAUAUAUACAUAUAUGAUAAACAUAAUUUUGUACAUGAUAACUGUCAAACAUACGCUUGUAUCUUCCGCUAAGCGAUUAUCAAACUCUUAUGUUAUGUACGUAUUUAUACGAGCUUGUAGUAAAACAUA